CUCUGUCAGCAUCCUCCUCCCGCGUUGUGGACGCGCACGCUUAACAGCUCAAUAUUCGAGAAUUACAGCCAGCCUGGCUUUGCAUCAUCCAACUGAUACCACAUCAGCUUCGCGCGACACGAACAUUCCACGCUUGUAUUUCUCAUCGGGACAUUGAUGCAUUUUCCUACACGGUCACCGUAGCGGUCCAGCCGUUGGUUUUUGCUCCUAUUUCUCACCCGUGCGCGUCCCCAGGCUGAUCCAGGCUAUAAGAUGGCUGAGCUAAAUUUGGGGAAGGGUUUGACUGCGGGGAAAGUGGCCAGCAACGUCCAGAAGAAGCUAACCAGAGCCCAAGAGAAGGUUCUACAGAAGCUUGGAAAAGCGGAUGAGACCAAAGAUGUUGCUUUCGAGGAGGGAGUCAUCAACUUCAACAAGCAAUAUGCUGAAGGGAGCAAAUUGCGAAUGUGCUCCAUGGUGUGUAUGUGUGUCUUCACAGCCAUGCACGAGUCCUCGAAGAACGUGCAGGCGUGCCUGGCUGACAUGUAUGAGCCCGACUGGUAUGGCAAGAAUGAAGUGGAUUCCAUUGUGGAGGAUUGCGAUGUGCUGUGGACUGACUACCAUCAAAAGUUGGUUGAUCAUGCGCUCAUAUCCAUGGAUACCUAUUUGGGACAGUUUCCUGAUAUUAAGGCUCGUAUUGCCAAGCGGGACAGAAAGUUGGUGGAUUACGACAGCGCCAGACACAACUAUGCCACCACGCAUAAGACCAAGAAAAAGGAUGGCGGUAUUAAAAUCACAAAGCCAUCCUCUUUGUUGGAGAGGGCAACGCCCGGCUGGGCUCAAGGGAUUCUGUCCGCACACAAUGUUGCCCAGAGUAGCUUGUCCAGAAGCCAGGCAGAGGAGGAGUUGGAGAGAGCCCAGAAGGUGUUUGAGGAGAUCAAUAUUGACUUACAGGAGGAAUUACCUUCACUCUGGAACAGUCGUGUUGGUUUCUAUGUCAGCACCUUCCAGAGUUUGGCUGGUUUUGAGGAAAAGUUUCACAAAGAAAUUAGCCGGCUGGAUCAGGAUUUAUAUGAUGUGCUGGAAAAACUCGAAAAGACAGACACAAGCAGAAAGACAGGUAACCGCAGCGCCUUAUCGUCAGGAGCAAAUAGGAGUGGCAUCGAUGAGUCCAACCAUACUCUCAAGCCAGGAGGACCCCCGCCGAUUCCAAAAUCCCCAUCCAAGCUCAGACCAGCAGUGCCUCCUCCACCCAAGGUGACUCCAUCCAAAGAGAUGAAAACGGAAAAUAUCAUCAACCUGUUUGAUUCUGCAGCAACUCCUGACAUUAGUGUCACCUCCCCUACAGAGCCAGCAAACUGGGACUCCUGGCCAGAGGAUGACGGUGCCCAAGAGGAGCCCGCCAAGAAGCACUAUGACCCUGUGGCGGCUGCUGCAGAUGCCUGGGGGGAUGACGAUACGCCGCCCGCCCGCUAUGACCCGAUAGCCGCUGCCACGGAGGGCUGGGGGGGCGAUGGCACCCAAGCAGUUCGCUCUGACGCAAAGGAGGAUUGGGGGGACGAUGAAACCCGACAGGCUUAUGAUGAAUCCGUAGCUGAAGCCCCAGAGGGUCCAGUCGAGAACGACAACCAGCCGGACGCAGAGGACGCUGCAAGUCCUGCUGAGGAUUCAGUUGACACCUAUGAAGAAGCUCCUCCUAAUGCUGCAGAUGAAGAGGAUCAGGGUGAGUCUGAAACAACUCCUGAAGCUGUUCCUGAAGCAGAAGCAGUGGACACAGUAGAAGAAACUUCAACACAAGAUACACCUGCAGUAAAUGAAGAACCAGUAGAAGCAAAAGCAGACUCACCUGACAUGCCGCCUGGCUUCCUAUUUAAGGUCCAAGUUAUGCAUGAUUAUGCAGCAAAUGACACGGAUGAACUUGAAAUGAAGGCGGGAGACGUGGUGCUAGUCAUACCCUUUGACAAUCCAGAUGAACAGGAUGAUGGCUGGCUGAUGGGAAUAAAAGAGGAUGACUGGAAACAGAAAAAAGAAAAUGGAACCAAAGGAGUAUUCCCUGAAAACUUCACCCAGAGGCUGUAAAAGUUUCAUCGUCAGGCCAACUUUUUUCCUUCACUCCUUUUCCCCUAUCAUCCCCACUCCCUGUCCUAUUCUUGCCCUGUCUAAAUACUUGGACUUUGACCAUAGACGCGGAACUGAAGUUGCAGUUCCAUGACUGAGGAAUCAGAAUUCCUGCAGAAGAGAAAUGACAGCCAUUCAAGGGCGCCAAAUAUUAGACUAACAGUGCUAUCGUUAACUGGGCUGAUAAGGGGAUCUUAAUCUCAUGCAGGACUAAUGCAGAUGUGGCUGCCUCUGUAAUGGCUUACCAUAACAUACUCAUUAAAUUUCGAUAGAACUCAUCACGAAAUUCUUCAACACAUAAUUGCUUAACAGACAACACAUACUUAGUUUGUCUAUGACAUAAAAAUCUCUGGUUUGAUCUGUUUUGGUCACAUGUAGCAAGUGAUUUAGAAAUAUUCAGGUAGGGUGAGCUGUUAAGAUCAGGUGUCGCGGAUUCUAACAUUUGUUGUUUACCAAUCAGAAAUGAGUGCAAUUAGUCUUGGGCAGCUGUAACAA